AUGGCCCGCCAAUUAUUCAAUGGAAAUCUUUUUAUCCCAGGAUAUAUGCUAAGCAGAACACUUGCAUCCAAAGUAGUUGUGCAAGAUUUAAAAAUUUUAGGCGUCGGCGCAGGAAAAAAGCCGAUACCAGAUAUUCAAAAAAAGUUAGCGUCAUUGGGAUACAAAAAUACCAGGAUCUUGGGUAUUUAUGAUACGAAGGAAAGUGAACAAGAGUUUAUCAAUACAUUGAAAGAGAAACAAUGGGAUGUGAUCACUCUCGGCGCUUACGUGAAUGGUUUUGACCAAGCAGCACAUUAUCGAGAAGAAGGUAUUCCAGCAGAUCGUGGUGUUAUCCUUCAUUGGUUCAAUCGUAUUUUGAAUGUUGUUCAUGAAUUGGCCCCCAAAACAAAAAUUGUUCUGGUGAAAUCACCACAAGAUUUGCAUGACGCUAUCGAGCGAGUCAUGAAUGAAGAAAAACGAUAG